AUGAAGCAGGCAUUACUAGAUCUAGCAGUCACACAAGGUAUCUGGCGAUUCACACAACACUCCAGUGAGAGUCCUUCAAACGCUCCCGCUCGCAAGUCGGACUCAGCUUUAUGCGCUAACGUCAUGCAGCAUAAUCCCAAAGACCUGCAAGCAGAGAUCGCAAAAUGUGAGCACAGGGUUUUUCCACGUAUCUGUAGUAUCAACUGA